AUGGAGAGGUUCCAGAAAUUCAUUUUACUUCCUCUCAUCUUAACUGCCUCACUACCAGGUCUUGGCUUUUGCUACUCUAUUAUACGUGGCCCUAGUAAUGCAACAGUCCUUGCUGGUUUGGAAGCCCGGUUUAAUUGCACAGUAUCGGAAGGAUGGGUAAUUCUCAUUUGGCUGUCCAACGGAAACCCCAUCCUCACUGUCAUCAAUUCUCAAGGAGCUGUUGAAACAUCAGACCGCUUCACCUCUCAAAAUUAUACCAGUAGCAAUGGGUUUACCUCAGAGCUGAUCAUCCACAAAACCCAGCUGAGUGACUCUGGAAAAAUCGAAUGCAGCAUCCAGCAAACUAGUGAUAAUGGCUUUGCAUUUCUUUCUGUUCAAGUUAAUGGAUCUUUAUUCAUCAAAAAUAGCACCUUAACAGUAAAAGACAACAAAACAGUUGAAAUUGUUUGUGAAGCCAUAGGAUGGGCUCCAGCUCCAGACAUUACCUGGAUGACAAAUGGCUCCUUCAUUGAUAAGUCAAGGUAUGCUACCCAGCAAAGUCAAGGAUCUAAUGGCCUCCACAAUGCCCUGAGCACUCUAACUUUGACUCCAACGGACACUGAGAUUUUGACUUGUUUAGCUGACAUAGAAGCACUCCCUAACCCUCAGAAUGCAUCUGUAACUCUUAUUUUUGUCAAUUCUACUUUAG